AUGUUUUUUGGCGCUCGCAGACAAAAGCACUAUCAAUCCGGCUCGGAGGCAAAUUCUUUGGAUGCAGUCUCUAAGAAAAUUGCAGAGGAUGUUCGUAAGGAAAUUAAGGACAUGAAGCACCCUUCUUUGUUUUCGAAAGAAUGGGUUGUAUCAUGUGAUUUAAUAGAAAAGAUUACCAAAGUAGUAUUGAUGGAAAGAGAGGAUUUAAAUUUUGAAGCCAUCACUGCUAAAUUGAAUAAGGAUGAAUCUAAAAAGAUUGAAGAAGAUAAACACUCGGAAACCUCCUCUAUUGCUGUUAACGAUGAACAAGGAAAUGACCACAGCAGCACUCAAGCAACCACUUCUUCAGGAGCUACCUCAGCCACCAAUACAAGUUUAGAUGAUAUUGAUGAAGAACAGCCAGUACCAAAGACAACAACAGUAAGACCAGGUACUGCCUCUCUAAUUAAUAAUCCUAGAAAGAAAAAGUCUAAUAUUCAAUUUGGAUCCAGUACAUUACACGGCUCUACAUUCUCAAACACACAGAAAAAGCCUCCAACUUCACCAAGCCGUCCAUCCACCUCAGGAUCAUCAAUAAUUUCAUCAUCUACUCAUUCUUCUGUAAAUCACAAGCAACAAGCUAUAACAACAAGUUUUUCUGGAGAUCAGACUCUUUGGGAUCGUGAUGAAUAUUGCAUUAGAUUUAUUGUUGAGGAAGGAAAAUUGAAUAUGCUCCUCAGAAUUCUGGACGAAUUUAAGGAUGAACAAGCAAAGAUUACUGGAGGACAAAAGACAAUGCAAGAAGUCUUGACAACUUCAGACAUUAAGGAUGAAACAGAGCUUACAAACAAAAUGAACAAAUUUGAAAUGAACCUUGCAGUCUUGAUGAUGUAUUCAUUCCAUUCCCUAGAAUCACUUCAAACACUUGACAUGUACCAAACUUUGGACUUGAUUAAUAAGAAUAUGAAUACAAAGACAUUUUUGGAUAACAAGUUAAAGCUUGGUGAUGAUGUAUACAAAACAACAGAGUACUUGGUUAUUGAUUAUCUUCGUUCUCUCUUUGUCCAUAUUGAAAAGUUAGAUGAAUCCAAGAUUUCAAACUUGACCAUUGAAAGAAAAUUACUUCCAAAACUCAUUCAAUUCCUCGAAAAGACCGUCUCUCACAUGGGAGAACAUGAAAUUAUUAGAUGUUUUGAGACAAUUUCUGCAAUUGCUGCAGCCGAAACAUUCCAAACUUCUAGGGAAAAAUACUUUGGAAGUGAUAAGGAUGUUAAAAUGGCUCUUGUAAAGAUGUAUGAUACUCAUGUCAAGAAGUUGUUGAAUAAUUAUGACAGAAAGAAAUCUUUGCGUUCACUUAUCGAUAUAGUGAAUCGUAUUAAAAUAGAAUAUGGAUUGGAUUAA